AUGGUGGAAUCCGACGCGUUCCAUCCUCGUACGAAGCGCGCCGGCUGGCAGGGUCCGGUUCUGAGCUUGCUGCUAUUUGUAGCCGUUCUGUUCACCCUUCCAGGCCUUCGUACGUUUCUACUCCCACGUCAGUUUGGCAGAUAUGCACUCCUGCCAAGUUCGGUGGACUCUGUUGAAACCCACGAUCUGAACUACGCAAAGGGUUCGGCUAAUGGCGCUGCGAUGGAGGAGCGGGUACUGUUUCUGGUUCCUCUUCGCGACGCCCAAGCACACAUGGACAUGUUUUUUUCGCACAUGGUCAACCUCACAUACCCACAUAAUCUGGUCGACCUGGCUUUUCUCGUUUCCGACACCACUGAUAAUACGCUGGCAGUUCUCAAGCAAAAGAUCUCUGCCAUCCAGGCCGACAAGGACACUAAAAUGCAUUUCGGAACGGUUGAGAUUUUCCAGCGCGAUUUUGGCCAAGCAAUUGGUCAGGGAUUCAGUGACCGUCACGGCUUCGAGGCUCAGGGUCCUCGCCGAAAACUCAUGGCCCGUGCCCGUAAUUGGCUCUUGAGUGCCGCCCUCAAACCCUACCAUUCAUGGGUUUACUGGCGUGAUGCCGACGUGGAAGUUGUCCCUCCUACUAUUCUUGAAGACCUCAUGGGUCACAACAAGGAUGUGAUAGUGCCCAACGUCUGGCGACCUUUGCCCGACUGGCUCGGCUAUGAACAACCCUACGAUUUGAACAGUUGGCAAGAAUCUGAAACCGCAUUGGAACUUGCAAACACACUGGGCGAGGACGCGGUCAUAGUAGAAGGCUAUGCCGAGUACGCAACCUGGCGCCCUCAUCUUGCCUAUCUCCGCGACCCUAAUGGAGAUAUCCACGUUGAAAUGCCGCUGGAUGGUAUCGGAGGUGUCUCCAUUCUCUCCCGAGCCUCGGUGUUUCGAAGAGGCGCCUCUUUCCCGGCGUUCUCGUUCGAAAAGCAUGCUGAAACAGAAGGGUUUGGCAAGAUGUGUCGGCGAAUGGGAUUCUCAGUCGUAGGACUACCACAUUAUACUAUUUGGCAUAUUUAUGAGCCCUCCUCAGACGACCUUAAACAUAUGGAGUGGAUGGCUCGUGAGGAAGAGCGUCAACGUACUGAAAAGCUCAUGCAAGACGACAGAGAUAGAAACUUCAAGCUGGGCUUCGAGGACGUUAAUGCAGUGUGGAAACUGCAAAAAGAACGUCUGUUGGGUGUUGAAUAA